GGAGUCCAAAGUCUGGGAAGGCUCACAGGAGUGGAAAACAGCCUCGGAGCCUUGGGAGUGUGUACAAUGGAAGGCUGGCAUUCCCCCAUCAUUCUGCUCUGUCUCUUGUUCUGCGAAGUUUCUGUGGCUGUGUAUAAGCAGUGGAUUCCAAACACCAAUUUUGAAGAUGCUGCCAACUGGGACAGAAACCGAACUCCAAGUGAGACCGAUAUUGUCAUGUUUGACAGCAACAAGAUGGUCUCUGUAUUUGUUGGGAGCACUCAUGUCCUCAUGGGCGCACACCUUCCUCUAGAUGGAGAAUUUAUCUUGGCUCCUGGUGCCGGCUUUACUGCUUUUGAUGGAGUCUCUGACCCCAGCUCAGAUUCAGAUCACAUCCACUUCCUAAAUGCUGAUCGAUUUAGCUGGUAUAAUCCCACUUUGUGGCAUACAGACCUAAAAAACAGUGACCGCCUUUUCUCUAUGGAUACUGAACUUAUCCCCUGUCGCCAAGAUGAUGUCAUCUUCCCACCAGAAACUUCCUUCCGUGUGGACCUGGGGGCUGGUGGCCGGACCAUCAGCCUCCACAGUAUAUCCAUCCUAGACCAGACAUUCAGCGUGGACAAGGAGCUGGCCACCUAUCUGGCCAGCAGCACUGGGAAGCUACAGUUCCAUGGAGCUGGCUCUCUGAGGUUGUCCUCUGCCCCCUGUGAGGACCCUUCAGGCUGUGAGUGCGGUAACGAUGAGGUGGAGGCCUGGAUCUGUGCCUCUCUGCUCCAGACCUCUGGAGGUCGCUGCCCCAAGCCUGCCUGCCAAGUAGCCCUGAAGCCAGUGGGUCAGUGCUGUGAGAUCUGUGGAGCCAUGAUCUUCCUCAACUACACCCAGGCCUUUGAUCUCCAUCAGUACAAGCAGAGAUUGCUCCAUAACUUUCUGGACCGGCCCCAGGCUUUGGGGGUUCGCAUGGCCAUCUCCAAAGUGCACAAGGAACACAGGCUUCGAGGAUCAGCACACACAGCUCGAGGGAAGCGACAGACUGAGACCACCACCCACAUCCAGGUGGUGCUGACAGAUGACGGAAGUGGGCCUGAGGCAGGAAGGGCGGCUGUACGUGUGGCCCAGGCCAUCCUCACUGACGUGGCUGAGCAAGGGGCAGCCUAUGGGGUCCUGCAGGGGGAUGCUGAGUAUUCGGACGGCGGUAGCUCUACAGCUGGGCUCACAGGAGAGAGCCUGUCCUCAGGGAUGGUGACUAGCCUGGCUAUUGCCAUAGUCCUGGGGCUGAUGGUGGUUCUGCUCGGGGGUCUUCUGCUCCUUCACUGGACUGGAUGGGUCAGGCUGUGGCCCCUGUCGGUCCCCACCCUGUGGCAGAGAUCAGAACCCGCAUUGGACCAAGGGAACCUGGGCUUCGACAACCCCAUUUUUGACAGUCCAGGCCUUGCCUCAGUCCUGGCUCCUGGCCCCAGAGAAGAAGUGGUUGUGGAAGAUGCUGCCCCAUCUCCAAAGGGCCCCCCCAGCAGUGGCAGCUACUUCAUUAACCCAUUGUUUGAAGCAGACAUCUAAGGCUCUCCUGCCAUCAGCCCUUGCUUUGGUGAGGCCCCGGGAGCCCAGCCUGCAUGGGAAAGAGGGAAGCACCCGAGCUGCUGUCAGCCUUUUUGUCUCUUGCCUGGUCUCUACCAUGAGAUGGGGCCUAGGGCUCUCUGUACCCCGAUCCCCAACAACCUGAGUCUCUCUGGCUGGAUAAGCAGGCCAUCUUCCAUAAUGGUGUUUUCCAGAGUAGGGUGCAUCUGUGCAUUUUCCAACCAGAUCACACCUCAGAGCGUGCUUUAAAAUAGAAACCAGACCACCCAGAGUUCUUGUGGGUUCCCCCCACCUCCAUCCCAUACAGCCAUGCAUUCCUUCCCCACAGGACUCACUUCUUUCUCUUAAGCCCACAACUGAAUAUUGAGAGAACCAAGUUCUAACCCUGCCACUGAUUCACCUUGAGUAAGUCUCUUUUUCUGGGCCUGUUUCCUCCUCUACAAAACCUUUGUUUCCUUCUAGCUCUGAUGAAGAACUAUUUGUUUCCUUUUAGGCUUGGGGUUCCCAGGAAAGAAACUAGGGAGAGGGCCUAUGACCCAUCCUCCAAACAGGGUGAGGGAGAAGGAAAGGAAAGCCUGCCUCUCCCUGCAGAUGAGUGGUGGGUGCAGCUCUGGCCUUGCCACCACCCAAGGAAAGCUAAAGAAAGAAUUGGAGCCAGCCUUUUUCAUUAAAAGAUGUUAAACUGACAA